GACGUGUGACGCAAGGCAACGCUGAUUGGCCGUGCCAACCGUCUCACGUGACCCUCACUGUCUCUCAUUGGCGAGGACCUGUAUUAUUUGAGCUUUGGCUCUCGCGGGGUUGCAGCGCGAAGAUGGAGGCUGAGGUAGUGGAUGCGACGAACAUGGUGAAGAGUUUCAGGGUGUCGGACCUGCAGACGCUGUUGACGUCCAUGGGGCGCAGUAAGAGCGGACUGAAGCAGGACCUGGUGGGGCGGGCUCUCCGGCUGGUGCAGAAGGAGCACACCCCCGAGCUGCUGCUCAACAUCCGCCAGCUGUACGAGUCGCGCUUCCCCAAGGCCGCCGCCGCCGCCCCCCCUCGGGAGGCGGGCUGGGGGGCCUCCCGCCGGGCCGAGGGGCCCCCCCAGCCCGCCCCCAACCUGCAGGGCACAGACUACCUCAACGGCCUGCCCAAGCCAGCCCCCUCCCCCGCCGCCGCAGAGAUCAAGCUGGCCCCUCUGCCCUUCUACCAGACGCUGGAGACGCUGCUGCCCCCUACUGAGCUGGGGGCUCAGAGCGGAGAGAAGCUGCAGGACAGUCAGUGCUCCUUCGAGCUCACGCCCAGCCAGGUGGAGCGGAUUCGAACCUGCAGAGAGCUGCGGCCGUCGUUAAAGUCGAUCCAGGUGGUGCUCAGAAUCUGCUACACAGACCCCUCCAGCGUCCAGGAGGAUCAGUACCCCCCUAAUAUUGCGGUGAAGGUGAACCAGUUCUACUGUCACGUGCCGGGUUACUACCCCUCAAAUAAGCCGGGGGUGGAGCCACGCCGGCCCUGUCGGCCAAUCAACAUCACGCCCUGGCUGCACCUCUCCACCGCAACCAAUCGCAUCACGGUCACCUGGGGCAACUUCGGAAAGAGGUACUGCGUGUCCCUGUACCUGGUGAGGGUCUUCACUGCGGCCGAGCUCUUCACACAACUCAAGCACUUCUCAGUGGAGAGCACUGAGCGGUGCAGAGAACGCAUCCAGGACAAACUGAGGUUCGACCCUGAGAGCGAGAUCGCCACCACGGGGCUGUGCGUGUCGCUCAUCUGUCCGCUGGUGAAGAUGCGUCUGGGCGUGCCCUGUCGGGUGCUCACCUGUGCCCACCUGCAGUGCUUCGACGCCGUCUUCUUCCUGCAGAUGAACGAGAAGAAGCCCACCUGGACCUGUCCCGUGUGCGACAAGCCCGCCCCCUUCGAGCUGCUGGCCAUCGACGGACUGUUGUCGGAGAUCCUGAAGGAGACUGAGGACGUGGAGGAGAUCGAGUAUCUGGCGGACGGCUCCUGGAGGCCGAUCCGUGAGGAGAAGGAGAAGGAGCGCAGCAGCACACCAGAGUGCCCCCUGCUGGACAUAUCGGCGGCGGAAGCUAACGGUCACUCCCCGGCACACAGUGGCUCCAGCCAGACGGGAGCCACAGCGCCCCCUGCAGCGCCGGCGGUGGUGGUGGACCUGACGGAGGACACGUUCUCCGAGGAGGAGGAGGGCGGGGGCGGGGCGGGGGACAGCGAGGACACGGACGACAGCCAGGACAGCCCCCCUCCCAAAAAAGGCAGAUGUGGCUACGACAAGGACCUGGUCACUGCGUACUGACCGCUGGGACCUGUGGCCUCAGAGGGGCGGGGCAGUGGCAGUGUAAGGGGUGGGGCUUGGGGAGGUUAGGGGGUGGGGUCACGGAAAGGGCAUUACAUCAUUUCCUCCUCUGCCCCCUCUUAAAUAGGCACGCGCUCGGUCACACGGGCGGAGUCUGCAUUAAUUAAGCUUUCCGAAAUGCCACUGCGUAAAAAAACUAACAAAAAAAAACACAA